GAGCUGUUACCUGUGAGUGAGUGCGUGUGUAGAAGACGGGCGCGGUAGCGCGUGUGAACAGUUUUAUUCUUUAGAUGCUGGACUAGUCACGUGAGCAUGGAGAAGACUCGGUCUGUGGUGUCGGAGGGGCAUCAUGCUGACCGGAAGUGGCCCUUACCGGGAAAACGGCACGCGGUCAAGCGGCAUCAUCACAAACACAACCUGAAGCACAGGUACGACUUCCUGGAGACUCUGGGCAAGGGAACAUACGGCAAAGUGAAAAAAGCUGUGGACAGGACGGGAAAACUGGUGGCCAUCAAAUCUAUUAGGAAAGAAAACAUUAAAGAUGAACAGGACCUUAUUCACAUCAGGAGAGAGAUUGAGAUCAUGUCGUCCCUCAAUCACCCCUACAUCAUCACCAUAUAUGAGGUGUUCGAAAAUAAGGAUAAGAUUGUGAUUGUGAUGGAGUACGCCAGUAAAGGAGACUUAUUCGACUACAUCUGUGAGAGGCACAUCUCUGAGUGUGAGGCCCGACACACCUUCAGACAGAUCGUCUCAGCUGUGCACUACUGCCACCAGAACGGCAUCGUGCACCGAGACCUGAAACUGGAGAACAUCCUGCUGGAUGCAAAUGGAGACGUGAAGAUUGCUGAUUUCGGUCUGUCGAACUUGUACCGGAGAGAUGAAUAUCUGCAGACGUACUGUGGCAGCCCGCUGUACGCCUCUCCAGAGAUCGUUAACGGACGACCGUAUAAAGGACCAGAGGUGGACAGUUGGUCUCUGGGCGUCCUCCUGUAUGCUUUGGUGCAUGAAGCCAUGCCGUUUGACGGCCAAGACUACAAAACGCUGGUGCAACAAAUCAGCAGGGGAGACUACCGCAAACCCACCAAGCGAUCAGAUGCAUGUGGUUUGAUCCGCUGGAUGCUGAUGGUAAACCCUGACCGCAGGGCCACUUUAGAGGAGAUUGCAGGCCAUUGGUGGGUUAAUUGGGGCUAUCAGCGUCCUCUCCUUACUGAAAAUGAAACAACGGUGGGAACAACAACAACAACAACUAUUUCCAUGUCGUCACAAACAAGCAACUCUGCACGAAUCACCGACUGGCUUCGAAGAACCUCUCGGCCUCUGCUGCACAGCGGCUCGAAAAUGCGCUGCCUUCUGCGUCCAGGAGGAGGAGUCGCAGGAGACGCACCGAUCGCUCGUCAACGAUCGAUUCGCAGGUCACGCAAAGAAAAUAACGUCACUCAGAUACAAGAGAACACUGUGCCGAAGCCAUUUAAAGGCAUCCUGAAAAAACGUGGCAGCUUAAAACAGAAGCAGUGUGGUGAGCCUCAGAUUCCACCAGUGGAAGAAAAAAUAACAAAUGUAAUCGUAUCACUGCCUGUGAUCCAAACUCCACCUCCACCCUCAGGCCCACCCCCUCGCAAGGGAAUCCUGAAGAAGCCUGUAGAGAGGGAAUCGGGUUAUUACUCCUCAUCAACUGAAAGCAGUGAUUCCACUCAAACACCCCACAUUGAGCUGUGCACUACGAUGCCACCACGAUUUAAAGGAAUCCUUAAGAGUAACGGAAAAUUUUCCUCUGGUGUUUUGCAAGAGUUCGGCUCGCUGGACCAGCUAGCAGCAUCCCUUCCACCAGGGGGUGUCCGAUCUCGUCCCAGCAUGGCCAUCAGUGAGGACAGCAUCCUUUCAUCAGAAUCCUUUGAUCGAUUAGACCUGCCUGACCGCUGUGAACCCGCAAUGAAGGUGGAUCGUCUAGCAGCGGGUGGCUCCAUGCGUGGCAGCGUUUCAGCCGACAAUCUACUCGACCUGAAGGACAGCAGGGAAGAAUUAUGGGAUACAGGCAAGAUGGGAGAAAGCACCUUCUCCAUCACAGACCGUGAAAACGUGACUGAACUCUACAAGUCUGCCUGUAACGGAACCCACAUUAGCUGUGUUUCUUGACGAUCCGUUUGAGGACAUGCUCUGAUUCUCAGUGGAGAAGAAAUGGAUGUGGAGACAGCAGACUUAACACAGGAAAUGAUAAGUGGUGGAAGUGGAGCAAACUAAACUAGAACAGUUUAAGGGAGCAGUGUUUGUCAGUAAAGAAAGGCAAAAUGUGCUAAGUUGAUGCUCUUUGAGAGGCGAUUCUCCUUCUAAACAUUUCUUUAAAUACAUUUUUGACUCUGUGGCUGGAGCCGCUCUAGACUGGGGCCGUGAUUUGUGAGACAUAAGCAUGAAGCAAAAGAACCAAAGAAAAUAGACAUUUUAAAGAAGACAUAGGUAACAAUCAGACUACAGACCUUUUGGUUUAUCGUCUGCAGCUCAGAGUCCGUUAGUGAUAAGACAUUCAUGACAUUGUAAAAUACAACAAAGUUUAUUAACCUUGUUAAUGAUUAAGCUUUUAAGACGGAUGGUGAUCAGACUCCCUCUGGAACACCAGAUCAGACAGUUAUUUAUUGUCUUUUUAAUGAACCUCAUGAUAUGGAUUAGUAGCUGUAAAUAAACUGUAGUAAAAGUGUUUGUGUAAGAGGUACUCACUCAAUGAGGCCUCGAAGUAAAAAUGAGUUUAUGAGAUUGUAUUUUAGUUUUUUAAUAGUAAUUUUAUUUCCAUGACAAUUCAGAAUGCCAUAUUGGUCUCGUGUUUAUUCUGUUUCACACUCAUGCAGUUCUGUUUAACUGGAAAAUGGCCAACAGUGCAAACAUGUGAUGCGUCUUUUAGACCAUCUUCUGCCGACGCAGACAAUCUGUACGUGUAUUAAACAAAUCCUGUACCAUUGUAGGGUCACGGCCUUAAACACUGCUGGCCUGAUCUUUUGUAAGAUGCACUGAAACCGAUACUGGAUCUGAGUGUCAAUAAAAACUCGCGAGCACAAACAA